GGUUUAAAAUUGAUUAAUUGAUUCAAGAACAUGCGCACCAGGCUUAACAGUUGCCACCAUAACAUUUUUAUUUUAAUCCCAUCGAACUGAUUUUGUCGCAGGCUAAAAUAAAUUAUAACAGUAACAUGGUCGAAAUUGGUUUGGAAUGGAAUCCAUGAAAAAGAUGAGGCAGGAAUCAUUGGAGCAUGUAUACUCUAUUCAGUGACUGCCACACAAAGACUUGCUUUAAAAUGAAAUUACUUCUGAUACUAUUCUUGUGGAAUUUUGUUGUAGAACUUAGACGCUGUGGUAAAAAUGCACUUUCUCAAUCUUCAGGUAACACUAACACUGGGGAAAUUAUGUAAGGCAUUUGGAGAAGCUGAUGAAGGAGAGAGCUGGGAAACAGAAACUUCUAUAGAAAAUAGAGAAACUGUACAUUCUCUUACUGUCAGCCUCAAAGAGACAUCAUUAAGCAUAUUUUAUUAUAAGGAGCAAACAGUGUUUUAUUGAAAGCAAAUAUGUUACAUUUACAUGAAAUAAAAGAUAAGGCUGCACAAUGCAAUAUCAUUUCACAUACCCCACAAAAAGAUUUUAGAGCAGUUUGAAGUGAAGAAGAAAACUCCAGAAACAAUGGCUGGUUUUACUGAAAACCAAAACAGGCGAAGGAAGGAUUUGUUUCCUGAAUUAGAAGGCAGAAAAUUGCAUUAUGGAUCGAAAGAAGACAAAACUAAAGGAAAAGAAGAUACUUUAAAAAGAGUAAAGAGGAGAUUACCACCAGAUAUUGCUGACCAAAAGGAAUUAAUUACACUCCUAAAGAAUGAUAAUAAAAUUGGUUUUCUCUACAUGAUUUAUGCUGUGUCAUGGGCCUCAGAGUUCUACACGCCGUAUUGCCUUACUGUUGUUCCGUUUGAGGAAAUUGAUAAGAGUAAUUUUCUGACGAUCAGUAGUCAUGGAGUGACACAAUACUAUCCAGGUGAUAUGGUGUUCACACCUUUGGAUGUCUGGGAGAAAGAGUAUGACUGUUACUGCAAACUGAUGAAGAUCAAGAUAUUCAAACAGUUUCGAAUAUGGAAGUGUUUUUAUGUGUGGAGGAAAACUUGUAUUUGGAGAAAGUUCCAUUUUUCCCAGGAAGCUUUAGAACAUAACCUUUUCAUACUGAAUCCAAUAUUACAGAAGGCACUUCUUAGUAUCCAAGCUACCUGUUGUGAACAUGUGGACAUGUCAUUCGCAGAUGUUAGUAAAAUUGAAGGAAAUGCCUUUUUUGAAUUUAUACAUACUCAGAUGAGAAAAUUGGAGUUAGUUAGGGAGAGACUGGCUGAAUUUCAUUCAUUUGCAAAAGAAGUGGUAAAUAAUGCUUGCCAUGAAGCACUGUUAGCCGUCGGUUACACAACAGAUGACAGUAAUUUUCCUAAACAACAAACCAGGGUGUCUGGAUUCACAGAGACUAAGGAAAGGGGAAAAAUGCCUUACUUAGAACAAGCCAAGAAGAGGAAGUUUUGUUUUCGAUUGACAUGUUUCAUACGUUUGGUUGACUAUAUGAUGCUCCAUACACUUCGUAUGUUGUUAAGGAAUUCACUGGAGGAUAUGGUUGCUGCUUUAUGCAAACAUUAUAAUUUCUUAUCUUCUGGAAAGUGCCUCCAUGCUGUUGAAACAUCUAAGAAAUUAGAAGAUCCAAGGCCUGCCAGUGCUCCUCAAUUGCCGAUGUUUACCGUAGAUGUCCUCAUCAGUCCUGAGGAGCUUGGGCUUGAUCCCUCUGAACAAGUGUUCAUUGAUAAUUUUAAAACGUUAAUGAAUGAGUGGGAUGAAACUAUUACAAGAAUAACAACUUUCCUGCCAGAUCCAUUUUUCAGUCCCUUUACAGUACCAACGAUUGGUGGAAGGACUGAAGAAAGGUUGUGUGGAUAUGGUCCAGAUCUUAGCGUUAUACUUAGAAAGGAUGCCUACUUGGUCAGACUGAGAAGAAAAGUUAUUAAGUUUCUUAACGUGAAUUUUGAGGCUGCAGUUGCCUGCAUCCAAAAAUUUGAGUUUGUAAGACAUUUCAUCACAGAAAAUGAGGAGAAAAGUCACGAUUCUAUUGAAAAUGAAAUGGAAGUCGACACUUUCCGGGUGUUACUGACCAGAUAUCAUCAUGAAUUGAAUGCAAUUGAACAAGUUGAUGAAGAGCAAACUUUGGGUAUACUGCAUUUAUGGUUUAACAGAUUUAAAGAAGCUGUUCUUCCCUAUCCAACUGAGCUUUUGUCUGUUGUUGAGCGUACUCUUUCACGAAUUGGGAAGGAAAAGAUUAAGACUUUAAUUGUGCAGGCUCAGAAGGCUCAGUCGUCUCUGGAAAUGGAUCCGGAAACAACACUCAGCUACGUCAAUUAUCUCAGUUUCCUGGAGAAUGCUCCAAAAAUGGUUGAUGAUAUGGAAAAUGAAAUGGACUAUACAAGGGAGCUUUAUAAUAUUAUAGAUGAAUUUAAAGUUCCCUGUGCUGCAGAAGAACGAGAAAUAUUUUUGCAUUUUCAGGUAACUUUAACAGCUUUGAAAGAUGCUGUUGAUAAGAAAGUUAAUGAGAAAACAAAAGUAAUUGAAAAGUUUAAUGUACAGCUUAACAAAGAUAUCACGGCUCUCCUUUUUGAGGUUGCAGACAUUAAGGAAGAAGCCAGUCAGUCAUGGCUAGUGGACAUUAAAUCAAGUACAGAAGAAGUAAAAAUUACUUUGGAUGCUCUUCAUGAACAGCUAGUUGAAUGCCAGAAGAAAGCAGUGGAAUAUGGAAACUAUCAGAAGUCAUUUAAGGUUGCAGUUACUGAAUUCGACAUACUUGAUGAUAUUAUGAAGGGUGUAAAAUUAUGUCAGCUCCUCUGGGAAAGCAUUGAUCAUUGGGGAAAGCAGGUAGAAGAGUGGACGACAGUGAACUUUAAUCAGCUUGUUCCAGAAGAUAUGAACCUCAUCACUGCUACGAAUUUGAAAAAUGUCCAUCUGUUUGAGAAAGAAUUACCGCCAAAUCUUAUAGUACCAACGUUGAAAAAAAAUGUAGAAAUAUUGAAAGAGAAGCUUCCUGUAAUUACAUACUUGCGAAACUCAUCUUUAAGACAAAGGCAUUGGAUGCAGAUAGAGAAAGUUCUAAACUACGAGUUUGAACCCGAUGAAGUGAUAACAUUACACCUUCUGGAACAGAUUGGUACAUUUGCAUAUGGUGGAGAACUGCAGGAAAUCUCAAGCCAGGCAACCUCGGAAGCAGCACUGGAAACAUUACUGAAGAAGGUGGAAGACAGUUGGGAAUAUCUUGAAUUUACCAUGAUACCUCAUCAUAAUUAUAAAUAUGUACAUAUUUUGGGUGGAAUUGAGGAUAUCCAGCAGGUUCUCGAUGACUCUUUCAUCAACAUAAACACAGUUGCAAGUUCCAGACAUGUCGGUCCCGUUAAGCCCCGAGUGGACGAAUGGCUUCGCCAGCUUCAUCUCUUCAGCAACACUCUUGAUGAAUGGUUGGCCUGUCAGCGCAGCUGGUUGUACCUUGAGCCUAUAUUCUUCGCUCCAGACAUUCGAAGACAGCUACCAAAUGAGUCAAAAAUGUUUCUUACAGUUGACAAGUUUUUCAAAGCAAUCAUGCAGAAAACCGCCAAGGUUCCACGUGCAAUGCACGCAUGCACUGCUCCAGGUUUGUUAGAAAUGUUUCAGAAUAAUAAUGCUCUAUUGGAACAGAUAAUGAAGUGCCUGGAAGCUUACUUUGAAUCCAAGCGAGUCCAGUUUCCACGAUUCUACUUCUUAUCAAACGAUGAACUUUUAAAAAUUCUGGCACAGAUAAGGAAUCCCCAUGCUGUACAGCGUCAUCUUCAAAAAUGUUUUGACAGUAUUGCAAAACUGGAGUUUGAAAAAGACACUCCAUCUGACAUUAUAGCUGCUGUGAUUUCUCCAGAAGGAGAAAGAGUCGGACUUGCAAAGGUAAUAAAGGCACGUGGCAGUGUUGAAGACUGGCUUGGUAAAGUGGAAGAUUCAGUGUUUUUGUCAUUGAAGAAACAAAUGAUGGGAGCAGUUAGUGAUUAUGACCAAAGUCCUUGCAAGAAGUGGAUUCUGUCCUAUCCAUCUCAGAUCAUAUUGACAGUUUAUCAGAUAAUGUGGGCUCGAAGUGUGCAUAGAAUAUUUGCAUCUGACAGUCAGAAUAUUGAGAAACUUAUGAAAGAUUUUGAAGAUACAUGUUUUAACGAGUUAAACGACCUAGCUGAAAUGGUUCGUGGUGAUCUCCAGAAACUGCAGAGAAUGAUUUUAUGUUCACUUAUUACUACACAAGUCCAUGCUCGGGACACCAUUACAAAUUUGGUGAUUGGAAAGGUUACUGAAAGUACAAGCUUUGAAUGGUUGAGACAGUUGAGAUACUAUUGGGAUAAAGAUACUGACAACUGUCUUGCACGAAUGUCUAGUGCAGCACAUGCGUAUGGUUAUGAGUACCUUGGCGCGUCUUCUCGGCUCGUCAUCACGCCACUCACAGACAAGUGCUGUCUGUGCCUUAUGGGUGCUCUUCAGUUGGAUAUAGGAGGAGCACUAGUAGGUCCAGCAGGAACUGGCAAAACAGAGACCGUGAAGGAUUUAGCCAAAUCUCUGGCCAUUCGCUGUGUUGUAUUCGGCUGCUCCGAAGGGUUGGAUUACAAGAUGAUGAGCUGCUUUUUCUCUGGUUUGGCACAGUCCGGAUCCUGGUGCUGUUUCGAUGACUUCAACAGGAUUGAUGUUGAAGUGUUGUCUGUUAUUGCUCAGCAACUCACAACAAUUAGAAAUGCUAAAGCAGCUAAGCUGUUACGGUUUGUGUUUGAGGGGCGAGAGAUUAAGUUGAUUCCGCAAUGUGCAACUUUUGUCACGAUGAGCCCUGGGUAUGCUGGGAGAACAGAGCUUCCUGAUAAUUUGAAAGCUUUGUUUCGACCAGUGUCUAUGGUGAUACCUGAUUAUGCUUUGAUAGCAGAAGUAAUAUUGUAUUCAGAAGGCUUUGAAUCUUCUAAACUCCUGGCUAAUAAGUUGACUCAGAUGUAUAAAUUAUGUAGUGAACAUCUGUCGCAGCAAGACCACUAUGAUUUUGGCUUGAGAGCUGUGAAGAGUGUGCUAUUAGCGGCAGGUUCUCUGAAACGUGAUAAUCUAAUGUUAAAUGAGAAUGUAGUCCUUAUACGAGCGUUGCGUGACAGCAACUUACCAAAGUUCUUGGCUGAAGAUUCAAAUCUUUUUCAAGGUAUUUUGAGUGAUUUGUUCCCUGGAAUUGUUAUACCAGAGCAAGGCUGUGGUUUGCUGCAAGAAACAGUAAUAUCAGUUAUGGAACAAAAUGUUUUACAGCCGGAGCCUUGUAUGAUUACUAAAGUAAUUCAGUUACAUGAGACGAUGAUAGUCCGUCAUGGAGUCAUGUUAGUUGGUCCAACUGGAGGUGGAAAAACAACUGUUUUGAAGAUCUUGAAGAAUUCUCUAACAAAACUAUAUAAUGACAAGAUAACAAAUCAGUACUAUAGGCCUGUAAGAACCUAUGUUAUAAACCCAAAAUCUCUGACCUUAGGUGAACUUUAUGGGGAGGUAAACCCUUUAACUCAAGAAUGGAAGGAUGGACUACUUGGGAUUUUGAUGAAAACAGCUGUCCAGAGUCAAACUGACGAUCGUCAGUGGAUUAUCUGUGAUGGUCCUGUUGAUGCUGUGUGGGUCGAGAAUAUGAAUACAGUGCUGGAUGAUAACAGGAUGCUAUGUCUGGCUAAUUCAGAGCGUAUUAAGCUUACUCCAUAUGUACACAUGAUAUUCGAAGUACACGAUUUAGUUCAAGCAUCACCAGCCACUGUCAGUCGCUGUGGCAUGGUUUAUAUUGAUCCUAAUGAAACGAAGUGGUUGCCUUAUGUUCGGAGUUGGCUGUCAAAACUUGAUGUAACCUUACCAUAUGAGGGGCGCUCUUACAUUGAAAAUCUUUUCAACACUUAUCUAGAAGCUGCAUUGGUGUUCGUAAAAAAUAACUGCGAUUGUGCAAUUCAUCAGGUUGAUAUCAGCAAAGCAACUAUGAUAUGUAAAUUAAUGGAAAGUAUAAUGAGGUUGCCUAAUGCGCUUGAUACGAAGGCAGACAUUAGUCGUAUUAAAUCUUUCCUCUGCCAUUCCUUCUUAUUUGCUUAUAUGUGGUCAGUUGGAGGCAACAUUAUUGACAGUUCUCGAAAAAUAUUCGAAGUGUUUGUCAGGGAUCAGUUUGAAGAACAUCCUGAUGCACGUAUUCCAUCAUCGUGUGACUUGUGGAGUAUGUAUGUGGACAUUCAAACUGGAAGCUUUGACCAGUGGGAGACACUGAUUCCAACAUUUAAUUACAGUCCUAAAAUCCCAUUCUUUGAGAUUACAGUCCCAACCAAAGAAACUGUAAGAAUGGGUUACAUUGCGGAGAGACUGCUUGCGGUUAACCACCCAGUUCUUUUCACUGGAUUGACAGGUGUUGGUAAAUCUGUGAUUACAAAAGCUGUUCUGAAUAACCUCUCAGAUCAGGGGGAUUACAUUCCAGUUACCUUAAAUUUCUCAGCACGAACAAGCAGUGCUCAAAUUCAAAAAAUCAUAGAGGUAAAAUUGGAGAAUCGUAAGAAGACUCUUCUUCGACCUCCGAUGGGAAAGAAAAUGGUUGUUUUUGUUGAUGAUGUGAAUAUGCCAAAAUCAGACACAUAUGGAUCACAGUCUCCCAUUGAGUUACUCAGGCAAUAUUUAGAUUUCCAUGGCUUGUAUGACCGAAAAAAGCUUUUUUGGAAGGACAUAGAUGAUGUUAUAAUAACAGCUGCUUGUGCUCCACCUGGUGGGGGAAGAAAUCCACUUACACCUCGUUUUGUCCGACAUUUUGGUAUGCUUUCUAUACCAUCGCCUGAUGAAAUUACCCUCAAAUAUAUGUUUAAGUCAAUAAUGCGUGGUUUCUUGAAAGACUUCUCGAAACCAAUGGCUGAACUUGGAGAGUCAAUGGUGAACGCUGCUGUAGAGAUGUAUGGCCACAUUGCUACAGAUCUGUUGCCAACACCAAAAAAAUGUCAUUAUAUCUUUAACCUGCGUGAUCUUUCAAAAUGGAUUCAGGGAGUUCUUCAAGUUGAUUCUGGGACUCUCAGAGAUGCAAGUCAUAUGCUUAGACUUUUCUAUCAUGAAUGCUUGCGUGUAUUCCAUGAUCGCUUGAUGAAUGUUGAAGAUAAAAGCUAUUUCUAUCGCCUCAUGAAAGAAAUAUGCGUGAGAACCUUCUCUACUGCAGUAAUACCACUGCCUGAUGGCCCAAUAAUUCAUCAUCCACCAGUCCUUAUAUUUGGAGACUUUAUGCAAAUUGGAACAGCUGUGGAAAACAAAGUUUAUGAGGAGAUAGAAAACAUUGAGAAAGUGAAAUGUGUUCUUCAGGACUCUCUGAAAGAUUACAACAGAACAGCAUCCAAGGAAAUGAAAUUAAUUUUCUUCAUGGAUACCAUAGAGCAUGUUGCACGACUAGCCCGCGUUCUGAGGAUGGACCGAGGCAAUGCCUUGCUGGUGGGAGUUUGUGGAAUGGGAAAACAGAGUCUUGCUCGUCUCGGCGCUCAUUUAUGCGGUCACGAGUGUUUUCAGCUUGAACUCACGUAUAAUUAUGAUUACAAUUCGUUUCUUGAUGACAUGCGAAGAUUGUACUUUAAUGCCGGGGUUAAAAAUGAAGAUACAACCUUUCUCUUUACUGACGGUCAAAUUGUACAAGAAGAAUUUCUAGAAGACAUCAGUAAUAUCUUAAAUUCAGGGGAAAUUCCAAACUUGUAUGAAGCUGCAGAAGAAUAUGAGAAAGUUAUUCAAGGCAUGAGAGCUUCUGCAAGUUGUGCUGGUGUAUCUCAGAGGGACAGAGAUGGAAUAUUCGCUUUUUUUCUUGACCGAGUCAAAUGUAAAUUGCAUAUCGUCCUUUGUAUGAGUCCUGUGGGAGAUGCUUUCAGGAGGCGAUGUAGAAUGUUUCCUCCUAUUGUGAAUUGCUGCGCUGUUGACUGGUUUAUGGAUUGGCCACACGAUGCAUUACUGUCGGUCGCCCGGGAUGUGUUCCAGCCUUUGGGUGAUGAGGAACUUGUAAACGAUCUAGCAAACACCUGUGUUGUUAUGCAUGAGAGUGUGACACAUGCAACAGCUCGCUUUUACGAAGAGAUGAGGAGACAUUGUUACGCUACGGCCAGUAGUUACGUGGAAUUUAUUAAGUUAUACAAAACCAUGUUAAAAAAGAAAAAAGAUGAACUUAAUAAGAAGAAAGAUAAGAUUUCUAAUGGACUUAAGAAAUUGUUUGAAACCAAAUCUGUGUUAGACAAAAUGAAAGCGGAUUUGGUAGCACUCGAACCCGAACUGAUGAAGAAGUCAGCAGCUGCGGCACAUCUCAUGAAGCAUCUUCUGAAACAACAAAGUCAAGCUGAUAAAUUACGGCAAAUUGUUUUGUCUGAAGAAGCAGUGGUGAAGACAAGAUCUGCAGAGACACAAGUUUUGGCAGACGAUGCCCAGAGAGACCGUGAUGCGGUAAUGCCUGCUAUGGAAGCAGCAAUAAGAGCACUCGAAUCUCUGAACAAGAAUGACUUAAAUGAACUACAGGUAUUAAACAAACCAUCGAACCUUGUCAAAUUUGUUAUGGAAGCUGUAUGUCUUCUUUUGGGCAAAAAACUGGACUGGGCAUCUGCAAGGCUUGUUCUGGGAGACACAAAUUUAAUUAAAAAGCUCCGAGAGUAUGAAAAAGAUAAGAUAUCUGAUGCGUUACUUAAGAAGCUGAAGGAAUAUGUUGAACAUCCAGAUUUUCUGCCUGAGCAAGUGGCUACACAAUCCAAAGUAUGCAGAUCUAUGUGUAUGUGGGUACGAGCCACUGACAUGUAUGCUAAAGUAUGUAGGGUGAUGGAACCCAAGAGGAGAAGGCUUGAAGAAGCUGAAAAGGAGCUGACUCAAAUAAUGAGCGUGUUAAGAGAGAAGCAGCAACAUUUGGCUGAAGUGGAGAAGAAAAUUGCUGAUGUAGAAACGUCUUAUGACGCAAUUUUUGCAGAGAAGACUGAGUUGGAACGAGUCAUAGACCUGACUGCGAAGAGACUCACAAGAGCAGGGAGACUAACUUCAGCCCUUAGCGAUGAGCAAAUUCAGUGGGAGCAGUUGGUUAAUGAUGUCAGUGCCAGUCAUGUCACUGCAGUUGGAGAUGUGCUUGUAGCAGCCGGAUGUGUUGCGUAUCUUGGACCAUUCACAAGUGCCUACCGUGAUGAGCUGAUGGGACUUUGGAUUUCUCACUGUAAAGAGCUGUCAGUUCCUACAUCAGAUAUUUUCAGUUUGGUUGCUGUUCUGACGGAUCAAUAUGAGAUCAGACAGUGGAAUAAAUGUGGUCUGCCAGGAGACAGAGUUUCUGCAGAGAAUGCUGUCAUUGUAACACAUGCUAGAAGGUGGCCCCUUCUGAUAGAUCCACAAGAACAGGCCAAUAAAUGGAUUCGUCAAAUGGAAAGUGCUAACGGGUUGAAAGUAGUGAAAUUGACAGAUUCCAACUUCAUGCGUGUCCUUGAGGGUGGCAUUAGGACUGGUAAUCCAGUUUUGCUGGAGGGGAUUGGAGAGACGCUGGAUCCAACACUAGGCCCCGUACUUCUCAAGCAGACAUUUUUUCAGGGUGCGAGAACUCUAAUAAGACUUGGUGAUACUGAUAUUGAGUAUGAUAAUAACUUUCGUUUCUACAUGACAACCAGACUUCCCAAUCCGCAUUAUUUGCCAGAGAUCUGCAUUCAAGUGACACUGGUAAACUUUACAGCGACGCAAUCAGGUUUAGAAGACCAACUGUUGAGUGAUGUUGUGCAUUUGGAACAGCCAGAUUUAGAAGAACAGCGAAAUGAAUUAAUAACCAAAAUUAACAAUGAUAAAAAUGAACUUCAAAAUAUAGAGGAUAAAAUACUGAGGAUGUUAUAUACAUCUGAAGGGGAUAUUUUGGAUGAUAAUGACCUUAUAAACACACUAAAUGAAAGUAAGGAAACAUCAGCCGUCGUAGCCUCAAGAUUAGAGGAAAUGGAGGCUGCAGAGGGGAAAAUCUCCGUUGUCAGAGAGAAAUAUCGUUUGGUGGCUACCCGUGGAUCUGUUCUAUACUUUGUAGUUGCUCAGCUGGCUGAUAUUGAUUUUAUGUAUCAGUAUUCUUUGAAAUAUUUUAUCCAGGUGUUUAAUAAAGCGAUUGACAAUACAGAGAAAGUUGAAAUCUUGGCAGUGCGUCUGAAAAUUCUACUGGAUGAAAUUACACUCGCGGUUUAUGCUAAUGUGUCGAGGGGCUUGUUUGAAAGGCACAAGCUUGUGUUUAGUUUCAUGCUAUGUACAAGUAUAUUUAAACAAGCGGGAAUCAUUAAUGAACGUCAAUGGAAUUUCCUGCUUCGUAGGCCAUCUGUGGGAAUGACUGUACCAAAGAAACCAGACGUUGUAACUCUGUCAGAUGCCAUGUGGCUGUCAGUUAAUUUCCUUGCUGCUAAUUUUAAUAAUUUUGAAGGUUUGGUUUUGGAUGCAGUUCUAAAAAUAUAUAUAAGAAUUGAAGAUUUUGAGCAAGUAAUUAAUAUCCAGGUAACAAACCAGAAGGCUGCACAAACAGACUGGAAUACAAAGUUAGAUAAUUUUGAGAAGCUGAUGUUACUGAAAGCCCUUAAGGAGGAAAAGUUGGUAUCUGCUAUUGCUUCAUACGUGAAAGGAAUAUUGGGCCAUACCUUUGUUGAAAGUCCUCAAAUCACGCUUCAAAAAUUAUAUCAAGACACAUCCAACGUCAUUCCACUGCUGUUUAUGCUCAACGCAGGAUCAGACCCUUUUGAAGCAUUUAAACGCUUUGCAAGUGACAUGGGUUACGGAGACAGAGUCCGGUCUGUGUCGCUUGGCCAAGGACAGGGGCCUGUAGCAGAGAAAAUGAUUUCUCUUGGUGUAGCAAAGGGAGAAUGGGUCUUCCUUCAGAAUUGUCACUUGGCAGCUUCUUGGAUGCUCCCAAUGGAAAGAAUCAUCCAGAAGCUCUCAGAAACUCAGGAGAAGGUUCAUCCAGAUUUCCGACUGUAUUUAAGCGCGGCGCCUUCCAAAGCAUUUCCUGUUUCAAUCAUUCAGAACUCGGUGAAAGCAACCAAUGAGUCACCAAGGGGUCUGAGAACAAGCAUGAAACGAGCUUUUCUUGAAUUAACUACGGAUGUUUUUGAGGAUCAUCCACUCGGUCCUCAUUGGAGAAAGAUGAUCUUUGGUAUGUGCUUCUUUCAUGCUGUGAUCCAAGAAAGGAAGAAAUUUGGUCCACUAGGAUGGAAUGUGACAUAUGAAUUUAAUGACACUGACUGGGAAUGUGCCCUGAACACUAUGAAGAUGUUUUGUGCUGAUGCUUCAAUUCCAUGGGUUGCCUCGGAGUACAUUUCUGGUGAAAUCACUUAUGGUGGAAGAGUGGCUGAUUACUGGGACCUUCGUUGCCUCAAGACUAUUCUCAAAGACUUCUUUGCGCCUCAUACGCUGGUGGAUGGCUACCUUUAUUCUGACUCUGGAGUAUAUUAUUGCCCUGAAUCCAGAACUUGUUCUACGCUCGCAAAAUACUUGAGCUUCAUUGAUGAACUGCCUCUGAUAGAAGAACCAGAGAUAUUUGGGAUGCAUGAAAAUGCAAAUAUUGCCUUUCAGGUUAAAGAGACUCGAGCGUUUUUAAUGGCUAUAAUGGAGAUUCAGCCCAGAGAAUCAUCAGGAUCUGUUGAAAAAUCAAGUGAUGAUAUUGUUUAUCAGCUAUCAGAAACAAUUUUAGGAAAGAUAACCGAAUCCAUUGAUGCAGAUGAAUACUUGGCAUCACUUCUCUGGCGUGAUGAGAAAGGUCGUAUACCAUCACUGUCAGCAGUUUUGUUUCAAGAAGUAGAUCGAUACAACAGACUACUCACAAAGGUUUGCGAAUCCUUGCGUAGCUUACAGAAGGCCAUCAAAGGACUUGUUGUUAUGUCUGAGGAAAUGGAAGAUUUUUUCAAGUCAUGUCUGAACAAUCAGGUUCCGAAGAUGUGGGGAGCAAUUUCUUAUCCGUCUCUCAAAAGUUUGGGGAGCUGGAUGCAGGACCUGCAGCUACGGCUCGAUUUCAUAAAGGUUUGGGUGAGAGGACGAGCACCUCCUUCCUAUUGGCUGUCUGGAUUUUACUUUCCACGAAGUUUUCUUACUGCUGUUCUUCAGACACAUUCUCGCAAAUAUGAUCUCGCAAUCGAUGAACUGAAAUUUGACUUCGUGGUCUUGGAAGUGAUUUUGGACCAAAAAGAUAUAUAUGCUGCUCACAUGGAGAAUGAUCAGUGUGAAGUACCAGAAGCAUAUAGGGGCAUUGUACAACCAGAGGAUGGCGUCAUUGUUCACGGACUGUUCCUGGAUGCAGGACGAUGGGAUAACGAGCAGAAGAUUCUUGUGGAUCCAAAUCCUGGUGAGAUCAAUCCACCGCUACCAGCAAUGCACAUGUUACCAAAAUCCAAAAUAGAGCGUCAUGGAAUCUGGUAUCUAACGCCUUUGUAUAAAACAUCAGUUCGUGCAGGUAUACUGUCAACAACAGGUCAUAGCACAAAUUUUCUUGUCGCCGUGUUACUACCGAGCAGUCGGCAAGAAAGUCAUUGGAUUCGUAGGGGCACCGCACUUCUCACUCAAAUUACAGACUGAAUUUCUUCUGCUUCCAGCUUAAUCACCACGGCUUAUAUUCGUGAUUUUAAUUGAACGUGUCGUAGCGAGAAACGGUGUUGCAACGAAAGACGGGCGUCAUCUCAUUUUAUUUUGUUCAUAUUUAAACGAGUCGUUUCUAUUUGUCGUAAUAAGGUUCCAGGCCGUCCAAAGUAAUAUUUCAGGAAAAGGUUUAGCAUUUAAAGAGAUCUUGUCACGUACAUGCGUACCUGCUAAUACAAAGUUAAUUCCAUUAUAUUACGUACAUUUCCUCAUGUUCACAUUUAUCUGCUU